UUAACAUUCAGACCUUAUUAUCAAUCAUACGGAACAAAAUAAUUAUUUUAUUUUUCUAAAAUAUUAGAAUGUAAUAAAUGAAAAUCAAAUUGCAAAAAAGACGUGCAUUCCACAACCUACAAAUCACUACACCACUCUUUCUUCAUCAAACUCCCAAAUAUAUAUAUAUAUAUAUAUAUAUUUUAUGUAGAUUAGGUGGUAGAGGUCUCGCUCUCUUCCUCCCUCUUCAACUCUUUCGUCUCCUUAUCCUCUAUAAAUCCACAUUUCUACCAUCAUUAAGCUUCCCAAAUCCUCCAUUUUUCAUAUUAUCCCAACAAAAUUACCAGAAACCAUGCAGAAAACCCAUAACCAGAAGCAGCAUUACCAGAAAUUGAAGCCCGAGAACCCCUGGAUUCUGGGCCUGGCGGUGGUGGGAUUGAUAGGCGGCGGGUUGCUCAUCGCUUCCUUGUUCAUCAACUACGGCUCGUCCCAGUUGUUUUGCGGGGGCGCGUGGGGGCGGACUACAUUUGAUGGGAACGCGACGACAACGACGCUCCAGCUGGAAGCCAUUCUGCACUACGCGACGUCCCGCGUUGUGCCCCAGCAGUCCAUAAGCGAGAUCACCGUGUCCUACGACGUUCUGCGAUCCCUCGGCCCGAGCAACUUCCUCGUGUUCGGGCUGGGCCAUGAUUCGCUGAUGUGGGCCGCGAUUAAUCCAGGUGGCAGGACGCUAUUCCUGGAGGAGGACCCGAAGUGGGUACAGACUGUGCUGAAGGACGCCCCCGCCCUCCGCGUCGACACCGUGCACUACCGCACCCAGCUCUCUCAGGCCGACGAGUUGCUGCAGCACUACGGUACGGAGCCGGACUGUUCGGCGAAGAACUCAUUCUUGCGCGGCAACGACAAGUGCAGGCUAGCACUAAACAUGCUGUCAGACGAGGUGUACGACACGGAGUGGGACAUGAUAAUGGUGGACGCGCCGCGGGGGUACUUCGCGGAGGCGCCGGGGAGGAUGGCGGCGAUAUACUCAGCGGCGGUGAUGGCGAGGAACAGGAAGAAAUCAGGUGUGACGCACGUGUUCGUGCACGACGUGGACCGGAGGGUAGAGAAGAAGUACGCUGAGGCGUUCUUGUGCAAGAAGCAUCUGGUGAAGGCUGUGGGGAGGUUAUGGCAUUUCGAGAUUCCGCCCCCGGCUAACAUGAGCUGUGACUUUUGCUAGGAUGCGCGCGGUGUGGCGAUGGCUACUUGUAUGGCCAGAACAGAAGCAGGCGGCACUGCAGUUUCCCUUUUUAGCGAGAGGACAUUUAUAAGUGGGGUUUUUGUUUUAUUUCACCUUUCCAUUUUAAUUUAUUUUUCCUGCCAAAUUA